AUGAAGACUCAUCUAAUUGUCGUUGCUGUAAUACUUCCAAUUAUCUUCACGGUCAACGCUGAGGAUUAUGAAGCUCCUCGUCUUAAAACUCUGGCGACCGUCGAACAGGAAUGUGUCGGAUAUUUGCUCCUGUCGAACGAAACGCUCCAGAAAUACAUAGCGUCCAGCUUUCCGGAGGAUGCCGUUGUUCAGAAGCUGGUCCAUUGCUUCUUGGUCAACAUGAACGCCUGGGACGACGAAACCGGUGUUAAAGACUAUGUGAUUCGAAACUAUUUCAAACCGGCGGACACAGAUACGGUUUACGAAAGCCGCACUCAGGACUGUCUCCGCGUUAAACUUGCCAAUUUGGAUCGUUGUGCCGUAUUUGACAGAGCGUACCGUUCGUUUAUGUGUUACUACCAGAACUACGGAAACAUCGUUCAAGAAGCCCAGUUUGUUCCGUGGUACCAAGUGGAACGCGAGAAACACCUCCGGGAAGUGUUUCUAAUCGAAGGGGUCACCCGCGCGCAGCUAGAAGAGUUCCAGAAGGGUGACGCGCUGAAAGCUAAGGAAUAUCCUAUCCUCUAUUACAUCGAUGUCGUUCGAACUGCAUUCUACGAUCCGGCAACCGGGCAUAAUCUGGGUCGACUUUACACCCAGUUUGGAAAUCCGGGGCUUUUGGCGGACGACACGCGUCGGUGUUUGGACACUGUGAGUCAACAGUACCCAGAAGAACCGGCCCGUGCGUACCAAGGCUUUGAUCAGUGUUUGCGUAAUUACAUGACCACGGAGAAACUGUUCCAAACCGUUGUUGCGCAAGUUUUGGCAUCCAAUGUACUUUGUUAA